AGGAUCCCUGACACCAGUGCUCUCUGUGGCCCCUGCUGUCUGGAGCUAUGGCCGUGCAGCUGCUCGCCGCUCUGCUGGCUCUCGCCUCCCUGGGUGCAGCAUCUGAGCCGGACUGUAAACAGGUCGUUAAACCUCUGCUGCUGGACUCCCACAGCCCCAUUUAUGGGAAGUGGGUUCUUCACGUCAGCUCUUGGGACCAGCACGGCCUGAAGGCUGACCUGGCGACGGUGAACAGCUCCUGGGUGGAGCUGUCGUCUUCCUCAGACACAGGGGUCAUCACCGUCUACUGGGCCGACCGCCUACAUGAAGGCAAAUGCAUUCAGGGGUUAACCAACGCCUCCAUCACAGGGAUGACCAGUCACACCACUUUUGUCAUCAACGGUCACACUUCCUAUCACGAUGGGAAGUAUUAUGAGACCUGCAGCGACUGCCUCCUGUCUGAAGACACCACUCUCCUCCCUGAUGGCAAAUCAAAGGGAAGAUAUCUAUUCUUGUAUACACGGACGGGCAAUUUGGAGCCGUCUGAGUUGGAGACUUUUAAGAAGCAGGCAGAAUGUCUGAACUUCCCCUCAGAGUACCACUUUACAGGCAAAGAUCUGUGUCCGGAUGACAGAGAAACAGCGCCACCUGCUGCUGAGGACACAGACAGCGACCAGGCCGAGCCCGAGCCAGCGGUGGAGUAGAGCCCAGACCUGCAGCCUGCUCGACAAUAAUCCACUCAUGACUUGAUGUGUUGAUUUUUCAAGUUGGGUUUAACCUUCUCAGCGCACUGGCAGUGUCUUUGUGACUCUUAGCGUGAGGGUUGAUGGUUGUAUUGUGCAUUUAUUUGUCAUGCAAAUGAUUUAUGGAGCAGCAGAGUUCAGACGGCUGGUGUCACGUCGUCCUGAUGGAACAGCAGCAUGUUUG